AUGUGGUGUCGGAGCUGUGUGAUCAAGGUGGCCAACACCUCUUCGAGGUCGAUUGAAAAUAUUGCAAUUGAAAAAAGAAUAUUCUCCCGAUUCAAAGAAAACGGAUACCACCGGAACAUCGUUAAAUGUAUACGAUACGAUGAUCGUGGGAUUUACCUCGAGCGUGCUGAGCCCGGCUGCCUUGACCUCUACUUUCAACAGGGCGGUGAUGGGACUGUGGCAGAACGAAUUCAAUGGUCUCUUGAUAUUGCCAAUGCUCUCCAAUAUGUUCAUGACCUUGACAUCAGGCAUGGUGAUCUAGCGUGCAAAAAUGUACUGCUGGAUUCAUCCCGACGUGCUCUACUAUGUGACUUUGCAGGCUCCGGAAUCGAUGGUCAACAGCCUCUUGUACGACCGUCUGAGUAUUUCAUGCACCCAGAUCCGAACGAGUCCGAGCCCUGUACAAUAAAGGCGGAGCUUCAUGCGCUGGGCUCGCUGAUCCAUGAGAUUAUGACAUCCAAGAGGCCUUACCACGACGAAAUUGACUACAAGGUCGCAGAGCUGUUCCGAAAUGGUACAUAUCCAGACGUGAAGCAUAUUGUGCUUAGGGAUAUCAUUGCAAAAUGUUGGGCUGGGGAGUAUGAAUCUGCGCGUGAGGCUGCUGAAGGCAUCGACCGUGUUAGAUUGGCUUUGAUGUAA